AUGGCGGAUACGCUGCAUCCUCCUCCCUCAGUCAUUGCCUCUUGGCCGGGACCAGACUAUGUCAAUCCCCAAACCAGAGGGCCAGCUCUGAAGCAAGUCUGUAUCAUCUUCAGCGGCCUCGGGCUAAUCGUUGUCUCUGCUCGGAUAUAUUCGCGCCUGGUCAUUACUAGAGCCCCUGGAGGGGAUGAUCUCCUGGUCGUCGUGGGACUGGUAUUCAGCGUUGCCAUGUCCAGCAUGGUUGUGGUCGGCAACGAACUAUAUUUCAGUGGCCGACAUAUAUGGGACGUCCCAUCAUCUGUGAUGACGCCGCACCGUCUCAACGUCUGGAUCAGCGAGUGGCUAUUUGUUCUUGCCGGAACCGCGAUCAAGACCAGUGUGCUGCUGUUUUACCAACGAUUAAGUGUCAAAUUCAACAAGGGAUUCCUGGUUGCCACCUGGCUCGGGAUUGUCUACAACGUUCUAUACCUACUCGCCUUCACGUUGACACUCCUUCUCAUCUGUCGUCCGGUUGACGCGUACUGGAAUUCUUUCGACCAAAAGUGGGCCGCCACUCACAACUUCUACUGCGCGAAAGAGGGAGCAUCUAUCCCAGCGGCCGUAGCUCUGAGUACCUUUGGUGACUUAUACAGUACGCUGCUGCCGCUUCUGCUGGUUUUCAGCCUGAAGCUUCCGCUGAAGCAGAGUCUCGCCUUGUACGGAUUGUUCGGCUUGGGAUUUCUGGCAUGUGCUUUGGGCGUGGUCAGGGUCGUCCUCACGUACCGGCUGUUCAAUGAGACGUAUGACUUUACAUGGCUGCUAUGGGAAAUCUGGAUUUGGUCGGUUGCGGAGCUCUACGUUGGAAUAUUCGCGGCCAGCGCACCUGCUCUCCAGCCGUUUUUCCGUCAGUUCUUGGUCGGGUCGAUUGGCAGCCUUGCACGGUAUUCACGACAACGUGGCGACACGGAGGGCACUGCUUCGGAUGCCCAUCAAGAGGAAAAGCGUGGCUCAAGCAGUGUUGCUGGUGAGACCAGGGCAGAAGCCGCGGCGAUUGGAAUGGCGUAUAGCGGUGACGAAACAACGGUGCAUGAAAGGGGAUUCUGGAAAGACAUGGGCCGUCAAGGAACCCGGCGAUUUGAACUGGGGUCAGAUCGAGACGGCAAGGUUGUUCUAGUGCAGGUCCGGGAGCAGGACACUGCUGCUGCUGCUGCUGCUGCUACAUCUGGUGGUCCUGGACAACCGUCUAGGGAAGACUCGAACGCCCCGAAAGCAGUCGGGUCGGCCGAGAAUUGGCCUCUACCUCCAGCACCGACCAAGCCUCUGCCGCCUCUACCGACGUCGUCAUCACCAGGCAGCAGGAAUCGAUGGUCGUUGCCUUCACAGGCGUCGCAGCAAACGAUUCACGUCGUGCUCCAGCUUGAUCCCGAAGUUGCCGAUCCUGGCUCAGCGGCAGGAAGCGUGCAGACAGCGAAACUCCGCGCGAGAUCCCCACUUGCUCAGUCUCAGCACGGCCAAACGGCAAGCAUGCUGGAGAAAAGGAAGCCUAUAAUCGGAAGUCAAUCAGCCAAGGCGGUGGCUGGGUCUAUAAGACAUGGUGUCAACUGGUCGGUACGCGCAGCCCUACUUUCAAUCAGUCGAGCGGCCACCGUCAAGGGCAACAGCGGGUUGAUACGCUCGGCUGCCACGACAAGCAGGGACUUUGAUCCCGACAGAAGGCCAUAUGUGCACGGGAGGAGAGACGGAUUUGCAGUUUGA